AAACGGAGAGUUGUGACCACAGAGCUUCACUCUCAGCGUUGCUCAACAAAAACCCCUCUGAUAAACACAACACACGAACAAAGCUAUUCUCCUCCCGAAAAUAAACAGACUUUUCUCUCUCUUUUUUUUGCGGGGGUGGAUUUUAAUGAAGGAUAAAAAAAACAUUUCUUGAGAAUUUUGGUUGCAAUACCAUUGAAGGACAAGCCAGUUUUUUUUUCAGGGCCACAAACCUGGACCGGUAUGGACCACCCACAUGGGGUGUAACACAACCCAGUGGCCUGUAGCGUAUUCUAGGUAGUUUCACCGGUGGCAGUGACCCGCUGGGAUGUUACGGAAGAGCAGUGACACUGGAGGAGGAGGAAGAGGAGGAGGAGGAGAGAGUAAUACUAAACCGAACAAACAGCAUCGCUCCAGCUCCACCCAGGGCCUGUCUCGCUUCUCCAACCCCGACACAGGGUCACCGUCGACUGGGUCGACAAAGACCUGGGACAUGGACCGGAGCUCCAGGCCUCCUCUGGGGAGUGUGGGGCUGGGGAUCACCGUGGCAGGAGCGCCGGGGGCGGAUCCGGACUAUGUCAUGCAGCUGUUGAAUGACGUGCGGAGGUUUGCAGACGUGCUGCUCAGCCUUAAAGAAACCUGCCACUCUAAAGAGUCCCGUGAUGCUCUCCCUCAGCGGGUACAGGAGAGGUUGGGAGAGCUGCUGCGAGUUCUCAAGUCUGUCAUCGGCAAACACCACACCCUCAACUCUGUAGACAUCCUCAGGGCCGCGGGCACCGUCAUCGCUAAGGUCAAAGGCAUUAACGUCAAGGAGGUAAACCAGGAAAACAAAACCGCUAUAUUUGGCGAGAUAUAUGCGUCCAUUGACACUUUGGCAUUCACAUUUGGCAAUGUAGUGUCUGACUUUCUUAUGGGAGAUGUGGACAGCCAAUCAGGGUUGGGGAUCCCACCGACCAGGAGAAGCAGGUCUUCUGAGAAUCUCUCUGUGGAUUCUGGGAGAUGUGUUCCAGAGAAGGAUACUGGGUGGAAGAAUGACCUAGUGGGCCCAGAGGUGGCGCUGUCUGAGGAGGAGGAGGAGGAGGAUGUUGACCUGACGCUGCAGAAUAACGACAGCGGGGUGGAGUCGGCUCUGCUCUAUGCCAAGGCCUGGUCUAAGUACACCAAAGAUCUGCUGGCCUGGGUCGACAAACGCCUGGGACUGGACAUCGAAUGUGCCAAGAGCUGUGCCAAAAUGGCAGAAUCUGCAAAGAUGCUUGCGAGUCAACAGGACUACAUGCCAUUCAGGGAGACCUAUAUCUCUACGUUUAAGAAUGACACAGAGUACAGCCAACUCCUCCUGCAGACUGCCACUGCCCUGCAGACCAACAAAUUCAUUCAGCCGCUGUUGUCCAGAAGGACUGAGCUGGACAGACUGAGGAAAGACCUCAACGAGCAGUGGCAGAGAGAACAGAAGAAAAUGCAAGAGUCCGAGGCGGCGCUGCGUAAGGCCCAGUGGGCCCAGACCCAGAGGACAGAUGAGUACCAGAAGGCCCAGUCGUCAGCCAGCCGCUCCCAGGAGGAACAGCCCAGACAGCUGGACAAGAAGAGGAAACUGGAGGAGGAGGCUCUACAGAAGGCUGAGGAUGCGAGGGACCACUACAGAUCCUGUGUAGCUGAUGCAGGAGCCAGGAGGGCAGAGCUGGCCAGCACCAAGACAGACAUCCUCACUCAGAUCAGAGAACUGCUGGCUCAGUGUGACCUCACACUCAAAGCUGUGACCGUCAACUGGUUCCAGCUGCAGCAGGCCCAGACCGUGUCUCUCCCCGGCCACUACCAGGCCCUGUGUGAAAACGCGAAGAUGUACGAGCCUGGACAGAAAUACGCAGAGUUUGUCAGAAAUCUACCCAAAGAUCAGAUACACAUGGAGUCCUUCUCCGUUGACGGACGGUUUGCUUUGUUCAGCAAGCGUUCGCUGGGCAGCACGAGUUCCCAUGGUAACUUGUCCCAGGUGUCCCUGACCUCCGAUGACGUCCUGAGUGGGGACGAGGUGGACAGUCCCCUGGGGUCGCGACCUGGGAAGAGGUCCAACAGCGCCACAGACAUACAAGGUGACUUUAAACGCAGACUACCCAGAACCCCCUCCACUGGCACCAUGUCCUCAGCAGACGACCUGGAUGAGAGACAACCAUACUCAGACAACGGUCUGGGUGAGAUGGUGACCGAGGCAGACGGUUCCCCAGGUCCGUUUCGUAACGCCCAGAUGUCCAAGGCGUCUCAGACACACAAGCUGAGGAAACUCAGAGCGCCGUCUAAGUGCAGGGAGUGUGACAGUCUGGUUGUUUUCCACGGAGCAGAAUGUGAAGAGUGCUCCCUGGCCUGUCAUAAGAAGUGUCUGGAGACCCUGGCCAUCCAGUGUGGUCAUAAGAGGCUGCAGGGAAGACUACAGCUGUUUGGGAUAGACUUCACCCAGGCAGCUAAGAACAGCCCAGAUGGGAUCCCCUUCAUCAUCAGGAAGUGUACCUCUGAGAUCGAGGGCAGAGCACUCAACCUCAAGGGAAUCUACCGUGUGAACGGGGCGAAGUCUCGUGUGGAGAAGCUGUGUCAGGCGUUUGAGAACGGCAAGGACCUGGUUGAGCUCUCUGACCUCUCACCCCACGACAUCGGCAACGUGCUCAAACUCUACCUGAGACAGUUACCAGAGCCGUUGAUCCUGUACCGCUACUAUAAUGACUUCAUCGGAUUGGCCAAGGCGAGCCAGAGGGUGAUCAUCGAAGAGAAGGCUAUAGCCAGGGCCCUCCAGGACCAGGGGCGGCCAGGGGGAGAACAACCCGGACCAGGAGGCACCCAGCCUGGGGUAGAGGGAGAGCAGCCUCCCCUGAGAACCAGCCAGCCUGGAGGAGACCAGCCCAGUAUCAAACUCAAUAGAGUCAUCUUUAAGAUUCGAGACCUGUUACGACAGCUACCUCCUGCAAACUACAAGACUCUACGCUUCCUCAUCGCACACCUACACAGAGUGACAGAGCAGGCGGAGGAAAACAAGAUGACAGCCAGUAAUCUGGGUAUUAUUUUCGGCCCUACGCUGGUCAAACCACGACAGACUGAUGCAGAGGUUUCCCUGUCUUCUCUGGUUGAUUACCCUUACCAGGCACUGAUGGUGGAGUUGCUGGUACGUCACUUCCAGAUGAUCUUUGACGUGGCCAGCCCCUCCUCUUCCUCCUCCUCCUCCACGGCGGACCAGACCUCCACCCGACUCACCCUUCAGGAGGAGCAGAGACUCAGCCUUCGCUCUGUCUCCCUGCUCGACAUCAAGGAGAGCACCAAAGUCUGCAAGAGACACUCGUCGGUCAUCCCAUCCUCUCAUAUCCUGGAUGAGGAGAAGACAGGAAGGACUGGACCAGACAGGAGAGAGUUAACAGCCCUGGAGAGGCUCAACGGCGUCGGUUCUGCUGCUGCUGGUGCUCCCAAGGUGCAGAGGUCUACCCUUGUGUUUGGCCGUCCCAGCAUCAAUCUCUCCUCCUCUACCUCCUCUACGGCCCCUCGGGUCCAACUUCGCUCCCAGCGCUCGAGAAUACUGUUCCGACCAAUCAGCAUGCCCUUGGAGCGCCUGCCCCUCCCCACCCCCUCCCAGGUCGUUGAGAGGAACAACCAGAACACCAACGACGCCGCCAUGUUGGAUCCCACCGCUGACUCCAUCACGGAGUCGGCCGAGCCGGAGAAGGAAACGCCUCGGAUUGGUGAGGGGUCAAGGGUCAGUACCUACUUUAUCACACCCUUCAAUCCCCAGGCCGUGCAGCGUAGGACCUGGGACAGGAAGUACAAACACUACGAUGUCACGCCGCGCACCGCCAUGAUCAUGGCUAAUUUACCACCUGCCGGUGCUGGCCCCGGAACACAGCCGACAGGGAAGCAGCCGACGAUGCCGACACAACCAUCCGUAUCUGGGCCGACUAGCUCUGCUCUCCCAUCCAGUGGAAGUGUCGGCACCAUAUUCCCCAACAGCCCUUACACGUUAUCGGGGAAGGCUGGCCAGACGUCCAGAAGAGACAGAGAGGAGACAAAGGACAGGCCUAACUCUGCUGCUGGAGGUGGUGGGGAGACUAGAACCUCUACCAACUCCCCCAUAGCGUUCAGACAACCAAGGAAUCUGCAGCCUCCGCCCGGAACCUUCUACAAGCCUCCUGGUGGUUCUUCAGCCACGAGAGGCUGGCCAUCAUCAAGUACCUCUGGGACCACUAGCCCCAUCAAUAUGUCCCCAACUCCUACUGUUAAAUCCUCUUCCCCGACCUCUCCUACUGUUAAAUCCUCUUCUCCUACUGUUAAAUCCUCUUCCCCGACCUCUCCUACUGUUAAAUCCUCUUCCCGACCUCUCCUACUGUUAAAUCCUCUUCUCCGACCUCUCCUACUGUUAAAUCCUCUUCCCCGACCUCUCCUACUGUUAAAACCUCUUCUCCUACUGUUAAAACCUCUUCUCCUACUGUUAAAUCCUCUUCCCCGACCUCUCCUACUGUUAAAACCUCUUCUCCUACUGUUAAAACCUCUUCCCCGACCUCUCCUACUGCUCUCCUCCUCCUCGCUUCCUCCCAUUCCUCCACCAUUACUUUCUCCACUACCCCUAUGGUUACCACCGCCACCCUUCAGACCUCAAACCUCCCCAUACACUGUCCACAGGACUCAGUGGACAGCUCUGUUAGUGUUGACCCUGAGGUUGAGACCUCCGCUGACCUUCUACCUCCCCGGUCCCCUCCCCCCAGCAGCCCAGAGGACCUCAGCCCCACUGAGGCCAAACCGCUGCACCAAAGACUGAGACCCCGGCCCAAACCCAGCGCUCCCGGCGAGGCCCACUUUGUCUGAACCGUGAUGUCAUCGCACACAGCUGGGGACACAGAAAACAACAACAACAACAGCCAGCAACAGCAUUGGCCAAGACUUCCAAUGAUAAUGGUCACGUUCCUGCCCGACGACACACAGUCCGUGACGUGGCACACCACCAUAGGCAGGCAUUACUUUACAUCAACCAAUCUCUUUCCUCCCUUUGCGUGGCUCUAGGGAAACAGGGGUGAUUUGUGGGGGGGAAAACCCCAACAGUGCGCCGUCUUGAAUUACUGUUGACGUCUGUAAGCAGGAAGUCUCCCCACUGUGGAUGAUGUCAUAUUGCCGUGUCUCCUUCUACAGCCCAAAUAAAACAGUUUUUAUAUAUGUGUGUCUGUAAAUCAUUUCUACAGUGUGUAUCUCUGUGCCAGAUUGUAUAUUGGGAAAAUAACUAUUAUUUUGAUGUCAGAAGGACAUCCUACUUUAUCACACCCUUCACACCCUUCAAUCCCCAGGCCGUGCAGCGUAGGACAACAAGGUAGACCAGGAAAGUGUUACCUACAUGUGUUUUAAUAUAUUAUAGUGUCGGGCCAGUAACCGAAAGGUUGCUGGAUCGAAUCCCCGAGAUGACAAGGUAAAAAUCGCCUCUGAACAAGGCAGUUAACCCACUGUUCCCCGGGCGCCGAAGACGUGGAUGUCGAUUAUGGCAGCCUCUCUGAUUCAGAGGAAGACACACUUCAGUUGAAUGCAUUCAGUUGUACAACUGACAAGGUAUCCCCUCCUUUCUACGUUCUAUGAUGAAGUCAGAACAAACAGACGCAGAGGCUGGUCCAUAAUCCAAUAUACUUCUCAAAGCACUAUACAGAAUCCCACCAUCUGCAAUUCAUUGAAUUCUGUGUCAAUAUUGUGUGAUGUCCUGGUCAUUACUGCCUGUUACAUCUGAUGUCCUGUUCAAUACUGCCUGUUACAUCUGAUGCCCUGGUCAAUACGGCCUGUUACAUCUGAUGUCCUGGUCAAUACUGCCUGUUACAUCUGAUGUCCUGGUCAAUACGGCCUGUUACAUCUGAUGUCCUGGUCAAUACUGCCUGUUGCAUCUGAUGUCCUGGUCAAUACUGCCUGUUACAUCUGAUGUCCUGGUCAAUACUGCCUGUUACAUCUGAUGUCCUGGUCAAUACUGCCUGUUACAUCUGAUGUCCUGGUCAAUACUGCCUGUUACAUCUGAUGUCCUGGUCAAUACUGCCUGUUACAUCUGAUGUCCUGGUCAAUACUGCCUGUUACAUCUGAUGUCCUGGUCAAUACUGCCUGUUGCAUCUGAUGUCCUGGUCAAUACUGCCUGUUACAUCUGAUGUCCUGGUCAAUACUGCCUGUUGCAUCUGAUGUCCUGGUCAAUACUGCCCUUUACACCUUAGAGUCUAUUUGUAACUAAUUCAUUCUGCCAUUACAGACAUCUCAAUAUAUUCAUAAAUGGAACUGGGACUUAAAUGAAGUUACUUUUCUCAAUGAAAUCAUGUACUCAGUUCGUGUAGUCAUGUUAGAGAGAAACUAAUUAAUUAGUUCUAUUGGGAAUGAAAUACAAUUUUGUUUUUUUGUUUUAUACAUUGAAUGAUACAGUGUCCGUGUUCCUGUUCUGGAUGUCGGGAUUUGUUUCUAUCCACAUGAUACACUUACUUAAUUCCGAUUCAAUGUUGUUGUUUUUUCCAAAACAAAAAAUGUAUUGUGUUGUAUUACAUUCCACAGUGAAUGUAUGGAAGCCUUGUUUUUUUUUUACCCAUAGUCCCGUUCAGAUUAGCAUCUGAUACCUCAUGUCAUGUCUUUGUGCGUACCUGGUUACGUUUUAUAUACGUUACCUUGAAACUGCUUGUUUUGUUGCGUUGAAUUAUUUGUCAACGUCUUGUGACCAUACGGAAAGACAUGCAAAAAUACAUCAAAUUAAAACUAACUUCACUUGAGUGUUGACAUUUUAUUUUUUUUGUUAUUAGCAAAUGUCCAAUUAAGUCGUUAACAAUGAACAUACAGAGUCUUCAGAAACGAUUCAUACCAUUUGACCUUUCCACAUUUUGUUGUUACAGCCUGAAUUUAAAAUGGAUUAAAUAAAGAUUUUUUCUGACAUAGGCUGACACAUGAUGUCAAUGUA